CCCCCUCUCGCCCCCCACCGCGGACGGCCGUCGGCGCCAUGUCCGUCCGGGAGCGGGCCGCGGAGCCCCUGUAUAUCAAGGCGGAGCCCGCCAGCCCGGAUAGCCCCCGCGGCUCCUCGGAGACGGAGCCCGACCCCCCGCCGGCCCGGCCCCCCGGCCCGGCCCCGGCCCGGCGCCGCCCCCCGCCCCCCGGCCGGGGAGAGGAGGACGAGGGGGAAGGGACGGGACCCGGAGAGCGGGGCGGCGGGGGCAAGCUGGUGCUCAGCUCCCUGCCCAAGCGACUCUGCCUGGUGUGCGGGGACGUGGCCUCCGGCUACCACUACGGCGUGGCCUCCUGCGAGGCCUGCAAGGCCUUCUUCAAGCGGACCAUUCAGGGGAGCAUCGAGUACAGCUGCCCGGCCUCCAACGAGUGCGAGAUCACCAAGCGGCGCCGCAAGGCCUGCCAGGCCUGCCGCUUCACCAAGUGCCUGCGGGUCGGCAUGCUCAAAGAGGGGGUCCGCCUGGACCGGGUCCGGGGCGGGAGGCAGAAGUACAAGCGUCGGCCCGAGGUGGAACCGCUGACUUUCCCCGGCCCCUUCCCGGCCGCCCCCCUGGCGGCGCCCGGCGGGCCCCGGAAGGCAGCGCCCGUCAACGCCUUGGUGUCCCACCUGCUGGUGGCGGAGCCCGAGAAGCUGUACGCCAUGCCCGACCCCGCGGGCCCCGACGGACACCUGCCGGCCGUGGCCACCCUGUGCGACCUCUUCGACCGGGAGAUCGUGGUGACCAUCAGCUGGGCCAAGAGCAUCCCAGGCUUCUCGGCCCUGUCGCUGUCGGACCAGAUGUCGGUGCUGCAGAGCGUGUGGAUGGAGGUGCUGGUGCUGGGCGUGGCCCAGCGCUCCCUGCCCCUGCGCGACGAGCUGGCCUUCGCCGAGGACCUGGUGCUGGACGAGGAGGGGGCCCGGGCCGCCGGGCUGGGCGAGCUGGGGGCCGCGCUGCUGCAGCUGGUGAGGCGGCUCCAGGCCCUGCGGCUCGAGCGGGAGGAGUACGUCCUGCUCAAGGCCCUGGCCCUGGCCAAUUCCGACUCGGUGCACAUCGAGGACGCCGAAGCCGUGGAGCAGCUGCGGGAGGCCCUGCACGAGGCCCUGCUGGAGUACGAGGCCGGACGGGUCGGGGGCGGGCCCGGCGGGGGAGCCGAGCGCCGGCGAGCCGGCCGGCUGCUGCUCACCCUGCCCCUGCUGCGGCAGACGGCCGGCAAAGUCCUGGCCCACUUCUACGGGGUGAAGCUGGAGGGAAAGGUCCCCAUGCAUAAGCUCUUCCUGGAGAUGCUGGAGGCCAUGAUGGACUGAGGGAGCGGGAGGCGGGGCGGGCGGGGGGGACGCUGGCGGGACCGGCAGCUGGCUGUGAGGGAUGGAGCCCGGGAAGGGGCCGGGGGCCGUCCACGCCUCCUUCCCCUCCCGCCACCCUCCUCCUCUCCGGGCGUCAGGGGGAGAGGGAGCGAAGGUCGAGGCCGGAGGCGGGAGGGCCGCCCCUAGCAAGCCAUAAUAUGCCCCCGUGAGGUGGGGGGAUAGGGGGUCGGGGGGGGGGGGGGACACACGGGGACACGACGUGGGGGCGUGUCUCACGGAAGCCAUAUCGCGGGGAGGGGGAGGCACUGGGAGAGUCGGGGCCAGAUCUCAGGGAGGGAGUGGUGGGAGGCCAGAGCCUCCCUUCCGUCGAUGCUUCUGCUGCUGCUUUGCCCAUCUCCAGGGGCCAGUCCCCCACUCGGGGCGGGGGGCGGGAAGAGCAGACACACCCCCCCCAGCCCGCCCCUCUCC